AUGUACAACAAUGUCAGGCAUGAAAGAAGUCAUACUGAAAAGCAAGCCUCUGAGUUUUUUCAGCGUGGGGAAGCCUUUUCAUUUCAGAGUCAUAACCUAAGACAAGAAAGAAUUCAUACUGGAGAGAAACCCUAUGAAGGUGUCCAACAUUUUGAAGCCUUUGCAUAUCACAGUAGUCUCCAAAUACAUAAAACAAGAGUUGAUGGAGAGAAAACCUAUGAGUGUAACCAAUGUGGUAAAGAUUUUUUAUCUCACAGUUCUCUUCUAAGUCAUCAAAGAUUACAUACUAGACAGAAAGGUUUUGAAUGUAACCAUUGUGGUAAAGCCUUUUCAAAAAACAGUAAUCUCCAAAGACAUAAAAGAACGCAUACUGGAGAGAAGACUUAUGAAUGUAGCCAAUGUGGCAAACACUUUUCACAUCCAUAUGGUUUGGUAUAUCACAAAAGUUUACACAGAGGAGAGAAACCCUAUGAGUGUCAUCAGUGUGGUAAAGCCUUUAUAGUUAAAAGUCAUCUUCAAAUGCAUAGAAGAACACAUACUGGAGAGAAACCUUUUGAAUGUAACCAAUGUGGUAAAGCCUUUUCACAAAGUAGUCAUCUUCUAACACAUAAAAAAAUACAUACUGGAGAGAACCCUUUUCAGUGUAACCAAUGUGGUAAAGCCUUUGCAAGAAACUAUCAUCUCCUAAGACAUAAAAGCACACACACUGGAGAGAAACCUUUCAAAUGUAACCAAUGUGGUAAAGCCUUUGCACAAAAUAGUACUCUUCUAACACAUAAAAAAAUACAUACUGGAGAGAAACCUUUUGAAUGUAACCAAUGUGGUAAAGCCUUUGCACAAAAUAGUACUCUUCUAACACAUAAAAGAAUACAUACUGGAGAGAAACCUUUUGAAUGUAACCAAUGUGGUAAAGCCUUUGCACAAAAUAGUACUCUUCUAACACAUAAAAGAAUACAUACUGGAGAGAAACCUUUUGAAUGUAACCAAUGUGAUAAAGCCUUUGCAAAUAUGGGUAAUCUUCUAACACAUAGAAGAAAACAUACUGGAGAGAAACCCUAUGAAUGUCAUCAGUGUGGCAAAACUUUUUCAAAUCCAUCUGGAUACACAUAUCAUAAAAGAACACAUAACUCAUACAGGAGAGAA